AUGGUGGUGGUGGCUGUUGUUUCUGUAGAAGGUCAUUAUGUAAACAAAACAAUAACAAAACCAGGCCGAGUGAGGUUUUAUCCAAAGAAUUCCGUCUUCCGGAAGUCGGACCUAAUAGACAAAGGUUGUUCGGUGUUUUUGAAGGAAUGCCCGGCUGCUUACAAGUGCACGAAAUAUAGUAUGCGCCAGACAUUACGAUGGACAGUUCAAAACGUUUUCGAAUUAUUGCGAGUUGGAAUAUGA